AUGCCGAUUGCUUUCAACCAGUUGCAAUACCACUUUUACAGGAAGUUCCCAAAUAGGAUCGAAUCACGAAAUUUUGAUAUGAAGAAGAGCAUUGAAAUGGUCUGCAGAUUACUACAAUUGAAAGCUCCUAGACGAAAAUUUAAGUUGCAAUGUUUACUGUUUCCUUCCCCUACUGUGGAAGGGGUCAAUAAGUGCAAAAUCCGAUACAACUUCACUGGUAAUGAUCUGCCAAUCAUAGUUGCUUUCAUUGACUCUUUCGACGAAAUAUAUAAAAAGAGAGCAAAACAAGUGGGAGGAUGUCAAUUGUACUUUGUAUCUGAGGGAGGUGAAUGUAAGCUUUUUUCUAAGUUAAUAGGAAAAUGGAAACCCAUCAACAACAUGAAUGAGACCCUUGAUGUACCGUGUUUGCUUUUCUUUUUCUUUCUAUGCCUUCUUACUCGUACAGCUUCUUCCAUUCGGACUGCAUGCCACGAUUCUGAGCGCUCGGCUUUGUUGCAGUUCAAGCAAAGUUUCCUUAUCCGUGAGUCUGCCUCCACUAAGCCUUCUGCUUACGUAAAGGUCCAACAGUGGAAACCUGAUGAAAAAGGAAAAGGUGACUGCUGCGCAUGGGAUGGCGUUGAGUGUAAUUACAACACUGGCUAUGUGAUAGGACUUGAUCUAAGUAGCAGCUUUUUAUAUGGUUCUAUCGACUCCAAUAGCAGUCUUUUCCACCUCCUUCACCUUAGAAGGCUCAAUCUCUCCGACAACAACUUCAAUGCCUCCAAAAUUCCUUCUGGAAUUUCGAACCUUUCAAGGCUAUCACUUUUGGACCUCUCUUCAUCUGCAUUUUCAGGUCAAAUCCCAUCACAAGUUUUAAAGAUCUCAAAGUUGGUAGUACUUGAUCUCUCCUGGAACGAUUUAGAGCUCCGAAGUCCAGGGCCAAGAAAUUUAGUUGAGAAAUUAACCAACCUGAAGGAACUUCAUCUUAGUGGGGUGAACAUAUCUUCUACGGUACCUCAAAUCUUGGGAAACUUAUCUUCUCUGGUAUCUCUUUCUUUGGAGGACUGCAGUUUGCAUGGUGAACUUCCAGCCACAAUUUUCCAAUUGCCGAAUCUUCAAGUUCUUGAUCUGCAGAACAACCCAUAUCUCACUGGAAAGUUCCCAGGAUUUAACAGAAGUAGCCUUGUCGAAGUACUGAUGCUAGCCAACACAAGUUUCUCAGGUGAGCUACCGGAAUCAAUUGGAAAUCUUAAUUUCUUGUCGCACCUUGAUAUUAGAACAUGUAAUUUUUCAGGGCAGCUACCAUCUUCGAUUGGUGAACUUACAAAACUCAAACACAUGGACAUCUAUGUCAACCAUUUUUCUGGACCAAUACCUUCUUCUUUGGCCAACCUCACCCAACUCACUUAUCUGUCACUCUCCUCUAAUAAUUUUAGUCCUGGGACUUUAUCUUGGCUUGGCAACCAAACCAAAUUAACAGUACUGGGCCUUGUACGGGCUAAUUUAUAUGGUAAAAUCCCACCUUCUCUCGGAAAUUUGACCCAGCUUACUCUUUUGAGCUUUGCAUAUAAUCAAUUAACUGGACAGUUUCCAUCUUGGCUUGAAAACCUUGGACAACUUACAUAUUUGAGUCUUGCUGCCAAUCAACUAAUGAGUCCGAUUCCAUUUUGGUUGGGAAAUCUUACCCAGCUAACCAUUCUGGAUCUUGGUCAAAACAAAUUACAAGGUGAAAUCCCACAAUCCAUUUUUAACCUUGGAAAUCUUAGAACACUUUACCUUCAUGCAAAUCAAUUGAAUGGCACUUUGAGAUUCGAGUCAUUUCUAAAUCUUGGAAAUCUAAUUGAACUCCAACUAUCCGGUAAUUAUUUGUCACUGCUGACCAACAUCACCAUCAAUCGUACUGUUUCGAAGUUCAGAAAUUUGGGGCUGGCAUUUUGCAACUUACCUGAGUUCCCUGAUUUUCUUCGUGAACAAGAUAAGUUGGAGAUUUUGGAACUUUCUGGAAACAAAAUCCAUGGCCAAAUACCUAAAUGGGUAUGGGAGAUGAGCAAAGAAAGUCUUUCCUACUUGGGUUUGUCGAGCAACUUUCUAACAGGUUUUGACCAACCUAUUUCUUCCAUGACAAAUUUACGCAUGUUGAACCUAUAUUCUAACAACUUGCAAGGAUCCAUCCCAAUUCCACCACCUUCCAUCUUCUCUUAUUCUAUCUCAAACAACUCCCUCACAGGGGAAUUCUCACCCUUACUGUGUAACCUUUCAUCUCUUGCUUUCCUUGAUUUGUCAAGCAAUAACAUUAGUGGCAUGCUUCCACAAUGCUUGGCCAAUCUGAGUGUAUCACUUUUGGUAUUGGAUCUACGAAACAACAGCUUUUUUGGUUCUAUUCCUCAAUUAUGCAUGAAAGGAAGCCAAUUAAGGAUGAUUGACUUCAAUCAAAAUCAGUUUCAAGGGCAGUUACCUAGAUCAUUAGCCAAUUGUGACAUGUUGGAGACUCUUAAUAUGGGAAAUAAUCAAUUAAAUGAUACCUUCCCCUUCUGGCUGGGCAAGCUUCCAGGGUUGAGGAUUCUCAUAUUACGACGCAAUCAGUUUCAUGGUACAAUGGAAGAACAGACAGAAAAUGUUGAAUUUCCUAGGCUGCAAAUCAUUGACUUAUCCUUCAAUAGAUUUACAGGUAACUUGAUGCCUCAGCAAUUCCAAAACUGGAUCAACAUGAAAGUUGUUGAUGCUGGUAACUUGAGUUAUUUACAAGCAAGUAGUGAUUUGCAAACACAAACCUACAACUGGGAUAACUAUUUUACUUACUCCGUGACAAUAUCAAGCAAAGGCACGGAGACAGACUAUGAGAAGAUUCAAGAAUUCUUGGUAGCCAUUGAUUUCUCAAGCAACAGUUUUGAAGGAUGCAUUCCUGAGAACAUUGGGAAUCUAAAGGCACUUCGGCUGCUCAACCUUUCCAACAACGUUCUCUCUUGUCGCAUCCCACCAUCCCUGGGGAACUUAUCAAAUCUUGAAUCGUUGGACCUUUCUCAUAACAACCUCUCCGGAGAGAUCCCAAUGGAACUACUGCAGCUCACAUUUCUUGGGUUUUUAAAUGUAUCUCAAAACAAUCUCACGGGUCAGAUACCUCAAGGAAACCAAUUUGCUACAUUUGAAAGCAACUCAUUUGGUAGCAAUCCAGGAUUGUGCGGGAAACCAUUGUCAAAGACAUGUACCAGUUUUCAAGUUUCACCACCACCAUUGUCCUCGGAAGAAGAUCGAAGCAGGGAACCCUCGCUUGAAUUUGAUUGGAAAAUCAUUUUAAUGGGAUAUGGAGGCGGUCUGGUGAAUGGACUAGCAAUUGGGCACAUAUAUGCCCCGAAUAUCAAAGAGUGUAUCAUUGAAUCUGCUCUUUUAUAG